CGCCAAAGUUGAAUUAAUCAGACCCCUGCUUAGAAAAUACAAAGACUAGAGUUGGAAUCCAUGAUGUGAUUUGACAAGCUGGCAACUUACAAAGGAGUAGUUAAAUUCCCACCUCAUUGUCCACUGUCUAAAGACUAGACUAGAAUCUCUUUGAAUUCUCAACCCAUACAUCCCCAUAUCAAUUUUGAAUGCUAACUUUAGUGUUUCUUUGAAUCAUAUUCUCUUUCUGGACAAGUGAGAGAUGUCGACCAUCUUUGGAACAAUGGAGGUCAAUCUUGUCAACGCUCGCGGUCUCAAAAACAACGAAUUCUUGGGUGGUGGAAUAGAUCCGUAUGUUUUGAUUCAAUAUAGAGGUCAAGAACGCAAGAGCACUACUGCAACAGGUCAAGGCAGUAAACCAGAAUGGAAUGAGAGGUUUACUUUCAGGGUAGAGUAUCCCUCUGCAGAUAAGCAAUACAAGCUUAUACUUAAGCUCAUGGAUCAUGAUUCCUUUUCCUCAGAUGACUCUCUUGGCGAAGCGACUAUUUAUUUGAAGGAAUUGAUUGAAUUGGGAUUGGAGAAUGGAAGAGCUGAAAUUCAUCCUCGCAAAUAUAGUGUGGUGGGCAGUGAUCAAUCUUACUGUGGGGAAAUUCAAGUUGGCCUCACUUUCACCCCUAAGAAGGCAGCUGCAGAAGAAGAAUAUGGUGGAUGGAAGGAGAGUGCAUGACUGCUGACUAGCUAUAGUUCCUAUAUGUAUUUGCCAGAUUUUGUACACUGCUGUGGCCCGUGAGUAGAGUAAAGAUGAACAUUCUCGCAAUAUUCUUCUUAUAUAUAUGUUAUGUUAAAGAGAUUGUUUGUUGUA